AUGGUACUCUUGACUCGACUGUCGUCGCUACCUCGCUUGAUGGUAGUUACUGGUCUACGUAGCAAAUUCGUACGUUCACUGUCAUCAACUCCAUCUCUUCUUUCAGGGACUGUAAAAAUUCAAAUUGCAGAACGGCUUUAUACGAAGAAACACGAAUGGAUUACUGUUGAAGACAAAGUCGGUACUGUUGGGAUCAGCUCUCAUGCACAGAGCUUACUUGGAGACAUUGUUUAUGCUGAAUUACCGGAGAUAGACACGGAGUUGGUCGCUGGGGAUGCAGCUGCUGCUGUAGAAAGCGUAAAAGCGGCAUCUGACGUAUACUCUCCCGUUUCAGGAACCGUUAUUGAAAGGAAUAAUGAACUUGAAGCCAACCCAUCGUUAAUCAACAAAUCAUGCUAUGACAAAGGUUGGCUUUUCAAGGUUUCUGUUAACCAUCCGAAGGAGCUUGACAUUUUAAUGGAUGAGAAGGCUUACGAGGUUUUCUUAAAAGAAGAAGCAGAAGCAGAACAUGAGUAG